GUUGCAGCGGUGCGUCUGUGCUGCUGGCGAGCUCAUGGCUCAGAGGAGGGCUGCCGGCGGCUGCUGCUGCCCGAGGGCGCCCAUGAAUGAAGACAACGCCCGUUUCUGCCUGCUGGCCGGACUCAUCCUGCUCUACUUGCUGUGUGGGGCGGCCAUCUUCUCAGCCCUGGAGCAUCCCUUUGAGCUGCGUGCCCGCCGCCUCUGGAAGCAGCAGCUGGACAACUUCACCCGGCGGUACAGGGUCAACCUGGGCGCCCUUCACACUCUGCUGCGGCAGUACGAGGAGGCAAACGGAGCUGGGAUCCGAGUGGACACACUGAGGCCCCGCUGGGACUUUUCUGGAGCUUUCUACUUUGUGGGCACUGUGGUCUCCACUAUUGGCUUUGGCAUGACCACACCAGCGACCAUACCUGGAAAAAUAUUCCUGAUCUUCUAUGGUCUCAUUGGCUGUGCUGCCACCAUCCUCUUCUUUAACCUCUUCCUGGAGAGGAUCAUCACGAUGUUAGCCUACAUCAUGCGCUGGUGUCACGAGCGUCGGCUGAGGUGUGGUGGGGUCCGGGUGAUGUCAAGCAGGGAGGAGACAUCCGGUGAGGAGGACAGCCUGGAAGGAUGGAAACCGUCGGUGUACUACGUCAUGCUGAUCCUGGGAGUGGCAUCAGUUGUGAUUGCAUGCAGCGCUUCCACGCUGUACUGCUCCAUGGAGAACUGGAGCUACGUGGACUCCCUCUACUUCUGCUUCGUGGCCUUCAGCACCAUCGGCUUCGGGGACCAGGUGAGCAGUCAGAGACAGCACUACGAGUCCCAGGAGGCCUACCGGCUCGGGAACUGCCUUUUCAUCUUAAUGGGAGUAUGUUGUAUCUACUCUCUUUUCAAUGUCAUUUCUAUUAUCAUCAAGCAAACUCUCAACUGGAUUCUGGGUAAGCUGGUCUGUUCCGGAAAGAAUCAGCCUUGCUCUUGCUCCACACCUGUGUGCUGGGGCCUCUGCUGCCCCUGCCUCCAAAGCAAAAAUCACAAGCAGAGGCGCCUGCCAGCACACCUUAGGCAAAAACACAUGAAACGCAACACUGUGCAGCCCAUCUCGUCCAACUGCCCUGCAGGUAGACACUGCUAUACGGACGGCUCGGUGGAGACGGUGUGCGACAGUGAGACGGACGCAGGUGCAGUGGCUGAUGGGGUGUACGUGGGCCGUCGUCUGUCCGGAGAGAUGAUCUCCGUCAACGAGUUCAGGGUGUCCAAUAAGGUGUCUCUGGCUUUGCUCCAGAAGCAGCUGAGUGAAACAGCUCAUCAGGGCCCACGGCAGAGCUACAGCCAUCAAAAUGGAUUCUCGGGUGGUGUGGGAGCCUUGGCCAUUAUGAAUAAUCGCCUACAAGAAACCAGUGUCGAUAGGUAGCACCACACUGUACAACACACUAGGAUGUAAUUCUUGUGUUUAUUGCUGUACAGUCACUUUAUCGGGAAACAAAUCCAAACUAUUUCCUUACUGAGUGAUUUUCGAGAAAGGCAACACUAUCCUCUCAAAACCAAAUCCUGAGAGUAGAAUCGUUUUGCCUUUAAUCAGCAUCUGCUCAGAGUCUCUCUGAGCGACUUCAGUGGAAGUCUAUGCAGAUGACAGCAGACCUCGAGCAUGGAUUGUGAACAGCAAAUAAUUGUUCACAUUUUGUGCUGCGAGGAGAAAGAUAGCAAAAAGACGAAUUUAAUUAAAAGAAUUCAACAUCCCUGUGAAGAGGGGGUCUGAUGUCCUGAAGUGAUUGGGUCAUACAAAAGCAAUCAGAUGAAAGAAGCAGUGAAGGACCACUUAAAGGGGACUGCUGAUUUAAGAGUGCUGCACAGUGCGCUGUGCUCCUCCAAAAACCAGGCCGUCUGUGUGCUUGUACGCACAGACAUAAACACAACAUCUACAAUCUCCUCUUAGAUAGCAGACAGGUGCACAUAUGAAACAUUUCAUUUUUGACAAGUUUUUCAACGAACCCUCUUAGACCUACAGCGGGAGCACAGAGGAAAAGACAUUUUAAUAUGUUGAUUGCGCACAAGUCGCCCAUCUUGUUUCAUCAGUCCACGUCAUUGAAAUUCAUUGCAAUCACUACAGAGUGCUGAGAUCCAGAGUUUUUUCGCUGAAGCACAUCUAAUCAGAUGUGACCCGUGGAGGACGUCCUCAUGUCAAUACGAGCAGCUCUGAUAGUGGCAAGAUCACAUACACACAGCGCAGAGCAAGAUUCAGGCUCUCCUUGGCUACCUGGAGGAGACCCUUUACUAUGCAAAUCAAACUUUUAAUCCAAUCUGUGUCACUCUGUAUCAUUUGUUUGGCAGAUUUCCAUCAGUGUUUUGGAUGAUGAGGGUGUGGAGAGUAAUUU